GAUUGGUAACGCAGUCACUUUGAAGAGAGACUCGGCUAGAUUCACAUAGCAGACAAUUCCGCUCUUCGAUUCAGAAAGCUGAGUGCGGAUAACCAAGGGAAAAUGUGGCCAAAUACAUUUCGAGAGAAAACCCUGUUCGUGGCGAUGUUGGUUAUGGUGUCGACUCUCUCUUACCUGACCGGGAAACGCGCAUUAAGACCAGACUGGAAUCGUCAGGUUAAGGAUCUGGCGCCUGUCAACACAACACCGAGACCGCCCACCGAAGUUGUGGUGCCAAGCCCCACUCCUUGCACCCCUACUCCAUAUGAUUUCAAGGGAGCAGACCAAGAGGACCCCAAGCUGAUCGAAUACAUCCGACGAGAGUUGUUGAUUCCACCAUCCGUCCAACCUUACAAACUUGGUCGCCCUGAUCUCGACCACCUUUCUCAGUUCAACCAGUCAAAAAUCGCCAACGAAAUGCUCAAAGGAAUGAAAGGUGGAUUCUUCAUUGAAGUUGGUGCCGCCGAUGGAGAGAGCCUAAGUAACUCGAUCUUCUUCGAGAGGCAACUUGGGUGGAGGGGUCUGCUGAUCGAGGCAUCGCCAGGUUAUUUUGAAGCGCUGAAGAACAAAAAUAGAAAUGCCUACAUCAUUCACGCCGCUCUUUCUGUGAACAAUUAUGCUUCUGAAGUCACCUUCCAAAAUAAUCUAGGAUUUGGCAGCAAGUUGGGCAACACUGGUGUCAAGGUGAAGGGAAUUCCCCUUUUCUCUAUUCUUCGAGCCUUGGACGUCAAAAUAGUCGAUUUCAUGUCGUUGGAUAUUGAGUCUUUCGAAGUUAAGGUGCUGAAGACAGUUCCGUGGGAUAAGAUAAAGUUUAGGCUCAUGUGCAUCGAGGUAGCCCACAUCCCAGAAGGCAAAGAGUUCCUGACGAAAUUCCUACAGGAAAAGGGAUAUAAAUUCUUAGGAUAUGGUGCCAAGAGGGAGAUGCCUGGUAUGCGUUACCGGAGCUUCUGAACACAAAUGUAAAACCUUGGUAAUUUAACUUGUGCUUGUAUAUAAUUUUUUUAAGUAUUUUUCACUGAUAAUUUAUUGCUUUAUGUAUGGUUCUAUGUGUGUAUUUCUAAUAUGCAUUUUUGAAAGGAGGAAUUUAUGUGAAGAUUUUGAUCUAUACUUAGGUGUAUCGCUCAUGUGUUGAAUGAUGACUAAGAUAUUCCUAAAAGGAAAAAAAAUGCCUCCAAAUAUAGAUUUGCUUAA